AUGAACCAUUACGCUCCAAGAAUCGUUAGUGACAAGAUCUAUUCAGCAGAUGAAGUAUAUGACAAAACAAACAGCUUCUAAAGACUCUUAGAUGUGCCAUUUAGGUCAUUGAUCCCAGAGCACUUGAGAGGACAUAAUAAAUAUGGAAACUUAGGAAAUUAAAAUAAGUUUAUCUACAAAGGUGCUUUUCUCUAUAAACCAACAAGAGACGGUCUUCAAAUUGUAUGA